AUGUGGAGCUUCACUUUUUUCCUCUUUUGGGGGUGUUGUGGUAUAUACACCUGGGGAAUGUUCACAUUACCCUCACUGGAAUCAAUGACAAGACGUGAGCAGGCGGGGCGGUUGUCGACACAUUUUGAUAUGAAUGGGUGUGCAGAUACCACCAUGUGUCCGACGUACGCAACCUGCACCAACACUUCAACAAGUUACUACUGUACUUGCAAAAAAGGCUUCCUGUCCAGCAAUGGACAGAAGAAAUUCAGGGACCCACAAGUGGAAUGCAAAGAUAUAGAUGAAUGUUCUCAAAGCCACCCACCAUGUGGUCCUAACUCAAUCUGCAGAAACCUGCCGGGGAGGUAUAAGUGCAACUGUUUGCCUGGUUUCUCUUCUCCGACUGGAAAUAACUGGAACCCAGGAAAGCCAGGUCAUUUCACCUGUACAGACAUUAAUGAAUGCCUCUACAGUGGGGUCUGCCCAGAGCACUCUGAGUGUUCCAACUCUUUGGGAAGCUACAGGUGCAGCUGCCAAGUUGGAUUCACCUCUAAAAACUCCAUCUGUGAAGAUGUGGACGAAUGUGCUGAUCCCAGAACUUGCCCAGAGCAUUCAACUUGCCACAACAGUCUUGGAAGCUACUCUUGUGCCUGCAACCCAGGAUUUGAAUCCAGCCGGGGAAAGAUGAGUUUCCAGGGCCUGGGAGAGACUUGUGAAGAUGUGGAUGAGUGUUCCAGGAACUCGACACUUUGUGGUCCCAGUUCUGUCUGCACCAACAUUCUGGGAAAAUACGGUUGCUCCUGCCUGCCAGGGUUCUUUUCACCUGAUUUGUGGAUCCCUGAGAAACCUGAGGCUUUCAAGUGUACAGAUAUUGAUGAGUGCCUUGAUAAGUGUCUUUUCAAUGCAACAUGCAACGCACCAACACCCCCGGGAGCUACCUUUUGUACCUGCCACCUUGGCUUUGCACCAAGCAAUGGACAGCUCAACUCCAUAGACCCAAAAGUGGACUGCAUAGAUAUUGACGAAUGCCUCCAGGAUCCGUCACCCUGUGGCCCAAAUUCUGUCUGCACCAAUACCCUGGGCUCCUACAGCUGUGGCUGCAUGGUGGGCUUUCAUCCCAAUCCAAAAGCCUCCUGGAAAUAUGGCAACUUCAGUUGCAAACGGGUUCCCUUCAAGUGUAAAGAAGAUGUGAUACCCAACAAUGAGUGGGCCCAGCUAUGCCAAGUGGGAGGAGCAGUGGAGCCUGAAUAUGUUUCCUUUUGUGCACUGAUGAAUGCCACCCUCGGCAUCCUGGAUGAUGUCUGUAAAAACAAAACCACCGUCGUCUCUCUGAAGAGUACGGCUGAGAGCUUUGCCUCUGUGAUUGAACAAACAUCCACAUGGUCCAACUUCACCAAAGAGAAGACAUCUACCCUGGCCACCGUCUUACUGGAGAGCGUGGAAAGCACCACUUUGGCAGCUCUUCUGAAACCCUCAGCGAAUGUCAGUCAGACUAUUCAGACGGACCACUUAGACAUUGAGAGCAAAGUUAUCAACAAAGGAUGCACUGAAGAGAAUGAGGCCUUUAAUUUGAAAGCGAAAGGGGAUGAGAUGAAGAUCUGGUGCUCCACAAUCGAAGAAUCUGGAUCCACAGGGGUCAACGGGGUGGCUUUUGUCUCCUUUGCGGGUUUGGAGUCCGUUUUGGAUGAGGGCUUCUUCCAAGACCCUCAGGUCCCCUUGGCCAACUCCAGGAGGAAAUUGAAGUUGAAUUCUCGCAUUGUUGGGGGCAUCAUAACAGGAGAGAAGAAAGACGGGUUCUCUAAACCAGUCACCUACACCCUGGAGAACAUUGAGCCAAAGCGGAAUUUUGAGAGUCCCAUCUGCGUUGCCUGGAGCACAGAUGUUGAAGGAGGUAGAUGGACACCGUCUGGCUGUGCAAUCCUUGAAGUUUCUGAGACGCACACUGGCUGCAGCUGUAAUCGAAUGGUGAACUUGGCCAUCAUCAUGGCUGCUGGGGAGCUCACGAUGGAGUUCACUUUGUACAUCAUUAGCCACGUGGGCAUGAUCAUCUCUUUGGUGUGUCUCACCGUGGCCAUCAUCACCUUCCUGCUGUGUCGUACCAUCCAAAACCACAACACCUACCUCCACCUGCACCUCUGCGUGUGCCUCUUCAUGGCCAAGAUUCUCUUCCUCACCGGUGUAGACAAGACCGACAAUCAGAUGGGCUGCGCCAUCAUCGCGGGCUUUCUGCACUACCUUUUCCUCGCUUGCUUCUUCUGGAUGCUGGUGGAGGCUGUGAUGCUCUUCCUUAUGGCCAGGAACCUGAAAGUGGUGAAUUACUUCAGCUCUCGAAACAUCAAGAUGAGGUAUCUCUGUGCCUUUGGCUAUGGGCUCCCGGCGCUGGUGGUGGCUGUCUCUGCCAUCAUACAACCACAAGGUUAUGGGAUGUAUAAUCGCUGCUGGCUGAACACAGAGACAGGUUUUAUCUGGAGUUUCCUGGGGCCAGUGUGCACAAUUAUAGUGAUCAAUUCCAUCCUCCUGACUGGGACACUGUGGAUCCUGAGGCAGCAGAUUUCUAGCAUCAGUGCUGAAGUCUCCAAGCUCAAAGACACCAGGUUACUGACAUUCAAAGCCUUUGCUCAGAUCUUCAUCUUGGGCUGUUCCUGGGUGUUGGGCAUUUUCCAGAUUGGACCCAUGGCCAAUGUCAUGGCUUACUUGUUCACCAUCAUCAACAGCCUGCAAGGAGCCUUCAUCUUCCUCAUUCAUUGUCUGCUUAACCGCCAGGUACGGGAAGAAUACAGAAGAUGCAUGACCAGGAAGACCAAACCCAGCUCCCAGUCCGAGACUUCAGGGAUCGUACUGUCAUCCAUUCCCUCCACUUCCAAAACGGAAACAAAAGCUUUUCCAGAAGCACCUUAG